GGGCGCCGGUUGGGCUUCUGUGCGCCCGCCUUUUUUGCCCCCGGAAGCCUGGCCCCCGGCGGCCCGCGGUUGCCCGCCUGGCACACGACCGCGACAUGGGUGGUCGGCGGGCUUGUGUGCCUUCGGUUUUGCCUCGGUUUCUUUUCGUUUUGGCCAAUUUACUUCUUUCCUUUUUUUUCCAAAAUUAAAAAGCGGAAGCGUUGUUUUUUGUUUUCCGGACCCACUUGGGCCCGAUCCCCUCCCGUUGACCGACCGCGACCUGCCACGCCAGGGGUCGGGCCGCGAAAGCAUAACUUCUGUGCGCUAUUUUUCUACAGACGCCGCAAAUGGCCCAGCUUUGCUAUGUUUCUCUAGGCCCUCAGUUAUAAUGAAGCUGCCGCGCCGCUGUGCCAACGAACACGCCGGCGCGGGCGCAACGUAUGCCCACUGCGUUCAGGCUUGGCGAGUUAGUUCGACUCUUGUCUCGCUACAAGACGACUUGCGGUGGCCCGUGCGCCCUGCAUACACGCAGCGGGGAGCAGUAAUCUUACUAGUAAUAGUGUAGCUUGUGUUGUGGUGGAGGAUAAUGCUGCUCAGCAGAGCCCGAGUCUGUCGAGCACAAGGGCGCAUAUUUGGCACAAGUUUUAGGCGCUAGGCCACUUGUCACACCGCGCGCACCCGUGCCAACCCGUAGACCACUCUCUCAGUCGGAGGGCCCCGGGGCCAUUUUGG